GUGACUUUUGAUGAUGUGCAUGUGAACUUCACUGAGGAAGAGUGGAAUUUGCUGGAUCCUUCCCAGAAGAAUCUCUACAAAGAUGUGAUGUUGGAAACCUACCUGAACCUUAACGCUAUAGGCUAUAAUUGGGAAGACCAUCAUCUUGAAGAAUAUUUUCAAAGUAUUAGAAGAAAUGAAAGGCAUGUAAGAAGAUAUACUGGAGUGAAACUCUAUGAGUGUAAUAUAUGUGGUAAAGCCUUUAUAAGAUCAAGUCAUCUCCAAUGUCAUAAAACAACAUAUACUGGAGAGAAACCUCAUGAAUGUAAUCAAUGUGGUAAAGCCUUUGCAAGACCCAGUCAUCUCCAAACACAUAAAAUGACACAUACAGGAGAGAAACCUUAUGAAUGUGAUCAAUGUGGUAAAGUCUUUGCACAGCGCAGUCAUCUCCAAAUUCAUAAAAGAGCACAUACUGGAGAGAAACCUUAUGAAUGUAAUCAAUGUGGUAAAGCCUUUGCACAGCGCAGUAAUUUUCAAUAUCAUAAAAGAACACAUACUGGAGAGAAACCUUAUGUAUGUAAUCAAUGUGGUAAAGCCUUUGCAUAUAACAGUCAUCUCCAAAGACAUAAAAGAACACAUACUGGAGAGAAACCUUAUGAAUGUAAUCAAUGUGGUAAAGCCUUUGCACAGCACACCUUUGCAUAUCACAGUCAUCUCCAAAGACAUAAAAGAACACAUACUGGAGAGAAACCUUAUGAAUGUAAUCACUGUGGUAAAGUCUUUGCACAGCACAGUGCUCUCAAAAUACAUAAAAGAACACAUACUGGAGAGAAACCUUAUGAAUGUAAUCAAUGUGGUAGAGCCUUUGCACAGCACAGUGCUAUCCAAAGACAUAAAAGAACACAUACUGGAGAGAAACCUUAUGAGUGCCAUCAAUGUAGUAAAGCCUUUGCCUAUCACAGUAAUCUCCAAUAUCAUAAAAGAACACAUACUGGA